UCUCUGGUUCCAGUGAAAAUGGUUCAGCUUGGUGAACCAGCAACCUUAAAGUGUGAUAUACCCAUGGAGAUCAGGAGUAAAGUAUACUGGUACAGGCAGAGUGUUGGGGAUACACUUAAAUUAAUUGUGACACUGUAUCGAGAUACAGAACCUGUGUAUGCUUCUCCGUUUUUGAAAUCAAGAUUUCCUGCAAAGAACGCAAACAAUUUUAGCAAACUGACUAUUCUGGAGACAAUCCAAGAGGAUGAGGGAAUUUAUCAUUGUGGAACCACAGCAUGGCAUAAUCUUGAAUGGAGUGGGACAUAUUUGUUAGUUAAAGGAAACACUGAAAGGACAUCAAACUAUAUUGUUGUACAGCAGCCGACAGAAUCAAAUCCACUGCGUCCAGGAGACACAGCAACUCUACAGUGUUCAGUUCUCUCUGAUUCUGAGAACAAGACGUGUGCAGGAAUUAAUAAUGUUUUCUGGUUCAGAGCUGGAUCUAAUAAAUCUCAUACAAACAUCAUUUACACUCAUGGAAAUAGAACUGAUCAAUGUGAGAAAAGAUCUGACCAUCAGAAAAGAUGUUUUUAUCAGCUUUCUAAGAACGUCAGCUCCUCUGAUGCUGGGACUUACUACUGCGCUGUGGCCACAUGUGGGGAGAUAUUAUUGGGAAACGGAACCACAGUUGAACUUGAGCGAACAACACAGCUCGUGUUUAAUCAAAUGGCAAUAUUAAUAAGCUGUUUGGCCAUUUCAGUCAUUGGAAAUGUUUUCCUCAUCUGCAGACGAAGUGUAUGUAAGAAAAGUAAAGGACACGAAAGCGCUAUGACAGAAGUCCAAACCGACAAUUUCUUCCAAUCAACUGAAGCUGAUAUAAACUACGCUGCACUGAAUUUCUCUGAACGAAAAACCAGAGGAAGAAGGAAGAGGGAGUUUACUGAGACUAGUAAAAGAUGUUUUUAUCAGCUUUCUAAGAACGUCAGCUCCUCUGAUGCUGGGACUUACUACUGCGCUGUGGCCACAUGUGGGGAGAUAUUAUUGGGAAACGGAACUACAGUUGAACUUGAGCGAACAACACAGCUCGUGUUUAAUCAAAUGGCAAUAUUAAUAAGCUGUUUGGCCAUUUCAGUCAUUGGAAAUGUUUUCCUCAUCUGCAGACGAAGUGUAUGUAAGAAAAGUAAAGGACACGAAAGCGCUAUGACAGAAGUCCAAACCGACAAUUUCUUCCAAUCAACUGAAGCUGAUAUAAACUACGCUGCACUGAAUUUCUCUGAACGAAAAACCAGAGGAAGAAGGAAGAGGGAGUUUACUGAGACUAGUGUCUACUCCUAAAUGUUGAUGAAGUAUCAACAUAUUGAGUAUGUCCUUGAAAAUAAACCUGACAUCCCUUUACAGAGUCUAUGUUUGUGACUUUUUGGUAUUGUUAGUUUCAGUCUUUGUCAUAAAUUUGCUUCAUCACUAAUGCAAUUUGUGCUGUCAGUAUUUGUUGUACUUGUGACAUCAGUAGUUUUUUAUCUGUGAAAAAUGGUUGCCUUGGUUUUCACAGUUAGAAGAAGAUUACAUUUAGUGCCUAUGACACUUUAGUUCACACUACAGGCAUCA